AUGUCGAUGGUUUUUGAUGAAUACGGUCGCCCCUUUAUCAUCCUGCGUGACCAGGAGCAGAAGGAACGUAUCAAGGGCGUUGAAGCUAUUAAAAGCAAUAUCCUAGCGGCACGUACGGUCUCAAAUCUUCUCCGUACGUCGCUCGGCCCGCGUGGCAUGGACAAAAUGAUGGUCAGUCAAGACGGCGAUGUCACUAUUUCGAAUGAUGGGGCCACUAUUCUGGAACAAAUGCAAGUUGAACAUCGUGUGGCCCACCUCCUUGUAGAGUUGAGCAAGUCACAGGACGACGAGAUUGGAGACGGUACAACAGGUGUUGUAGUACUGGCUGGUGCGCUACUGGAGCAAGCAGAAAAGCUAUUGGCCCAUGGUCUGCACCCUAUGCGCAUUGCUGAUGGCUUUGAAGAAGCCUGUGAGAUCGCCUGUAAGCAUUUAGAGGCUAUUGGUGACGUUAUUCACUUCACGGAGCACGACUCGACGCCAUUGGUCGAGACAGCCAUGACCACAUUGUCCUCCAAAAUUGUUAACAAGCAUAAGCGCCAGAUGGCGCAGAUUGCAGUUGAAGCAGUUAUGAAGGUGGCUAAUUUUGAGACAAGGGACGUGAACUUUGAUCUCAUUAAGAUGGAGGGAAAAGCUGGUGGAACGCUGAGUGAUACGGCCCUCAUUAAUGGGAUUGUCAUCGACAAGGACUUCUCUCAUCCACAGAUGCCCAAAGAGGUAAAAGAUGCCAAGAUGUGCAUCCUCACGUGUCCUUUUGAACCACCUAAGCCUAAGACAAAACACAAACUUGACAUUACGAGUGUUGAAUCUUACGAAAAGCUUUACAAACAGGAACAAGAGUAUUUUGCCACUAUGAUCAAACAAGUUAAAGACAGUGGGGCUAACUUGGUCAUUUGCCAGUGGGGGUUUGAUGAUGAGGCCAAUCACUUGUUGCUGCAAAAUCACCUACCUGCUGUGCGCUGGGUCGGUGGUGUAGAGCUCGAACUCAUUGCUAUUGCUACGGGUGGACGUAUUGUACCGCGAUUUGCAGAGUUGACAGCGGAGAAGCUCGGUCGGGCUGGUACCGUGCGUGAGGUCGCGUUUGGCACCACGAAGGAGCGCAUGUUGGUGAUUGAGGACUGCGCGAGCUCGGACGCUAUCACAGUGUUGGUGCGUGGUGGAAAUAAGAUGAUUGUGGAGGAAGCCAAGCGUUCGCUGCACGACGCCAUGUGCGUGACGCGCAAUCUGAUUAAAAACAAUCGCAUCGUGUACGGUGGCGGCGCCGCUGAGAUUGCAUGCGGUAUCGCUGUGCGAGAGCAUGCUGACAACACAGCGGGCAUCGAACAGUACGCCAUCCGUGCCUUUGCCGAUGCUUUGGAGGACGUUCCGAUGGCUCUGGCUGAGAACAGUGGUUUGAGCCCGAUUGAUUCGCUUUCGGCUGUGCGUGCGCAGCAAAUCGCUGAGAAGAACCCGCGACUUGGUAUCGACUGCAACUCGUCUGGCACGAACAAUAUGAAGGAGCAGCAGGUGUUUGAAACGCUCAUCGGCAAGCAGCAGCAGCUGCAGCUUGCUACGCAAGUCGUGCGGAUGAUUCUCAAGAUCGAUGAUGUCAUUAUUGAAGGCUCGUACGCGUAG